AUGAAUAAAGAUUGGGUUCAUUGGCCAAGGGGUGAUCUUCCAUAUCAGGAGGCCUUGAAGAAUUUCAUAGAUACCGUUUGUCAGAGACUUGGAAAUCCUUCUGAAUUCAGUUGUCCUUGUGUUGAUUGUAAGAAUCUCACUUUCCCACUUCCUCCGCAAGAAGUGCAUCUUCACUUACUGAAACGAGGUUGGGAUCCUACAUACACUGAGUGGGUUUUUCACGGGGAGACUAUACACACUUCUACUGAUGUACACCAAGAGGGAGCAACAAGGGGAUCAUAUCAUAUAGAUGCUGCUGUUGAAGCUGAUGCACAUAUCGAUCAGGGACAUGAACCUGUGCAAGAUGAGGGUUUGGAAAACCAUGUGGAAGAGGCGGACACACCGUUAUAUCCUAAUUGUAAAACACACACAAAGUUAUCCAUCACUGUUGAAUUGUAUAGGCACAAGACAGUAAAUGGUUUAUCUAGGAAAUCUUUUGACGAACUUCUCAAGACAAUCGGUUCCUUGUUGCCGCCAGAUCAUUGUCUUCCUUGCUCAACAUAUGAAGUGAAAAAGCUGCUGAAAUCUUAUCAAUUGACUUACCAGAAAAUACAUGCUUGUAUUAAUGAUUGUUGUUUGUUUAGAAAAGAUUUGAAAGAUGCAGACGAGUGUCCUAAAUGUCAUUAUUCUAGGUGGAAGGCAGACACAUCUAACAUGGACGAUGCUGAAAUGAUAGACAAGCCGCAAAAGAAGAUACCGGUGAAGGUGCUUAGGUACUUCCCCAUUGUGCCGAGAUUGAGAAGAUUGUUUCAAUCAGCAGCACUGGCUGAGCAGUUGAUAUGGCACGCGACGAACAAGAGUAAGUAUGGGAAGAUGCGUCAUCCAACAGAUUCUUUGGCUUGGAAGCACAUAGACAAAAAGUAUCCCGAGUUUGCUUCAGAUCCCCGUAAUUUGCGUCUUGGGCUUGCUGCUGAUGGAUUUAAUCCAAUUGGUGAUCUUUCCGCAGCCCACAGUUGUUGGCCAGUGAUGCUCGUGGUUAAUAAUUUGCCCCCUCAGUUGUGUAUGCAAGGUGACAACAUAAUUCUGAGCAUGCUGAUUCCAGGAAAAAAACAACCGGGUAAUGACAUUGAUGUAUACUUGCAGCCCUUGAUUGAUGAUCUUUUUGAGUUGUGGGAGAAAAGGGUGCAGGUAUAUGAUUCGUUUACUAAAAAAUAUUUUAACUUGAAGGCGUUAUUAAUGUGGACAAUAAACUAUUUCCCUGCAUAUGGUAAUUUAUCUGGAUGUACGUAUAAAGGGAAGGCAGCCUGUCCUCUUUGCGGUGAAAAUACACUUUCAAACUGGUUGGCAUUUAGUCGUAAAACUGUCUACUUGAAUCAUAGGAGAUUUCUUCGUCAUAAUCAUCCUCUUCGGCAGAAAAAAGAUUGGUUUAAUGGAGAGAUUGAGAGGAAGGAAAAGCCACCUGUUAUGUCUGGUGCUGCGGCACUUGAAUGUCAGAAUAGUAUUACAAAUGAUUUUGGGAAAGCGGAGAAGAACGAGGAGGAGAUAAGGAAAAAGAAAUAG